UAAUCCUGUUGGAGCUGUUCCCUGCACUAGUCUGGGAACGUCGAAACAGAAGGAGAAAGACUAAACAGGUGGUCAGAAACACACAGCUAACAGUGUCGUCCCUGGAUAAAAUGUGAAAGAUAAUUUGGUCUCAUCUCUUUUUAAGGAUACAAGAUUCAAUAACCAAAGAUAAUUCAUGUUUCGGCUGACUUUCAAAGGGAGAAUUUAUCCUCGGUUUUCCUCCGAAUCUGGGCAAGAUCUAUCGGAUAUUAAACUAUGAAAGUGACUGUGUGUUUUGGAAGGACUAGGGUGGUGGUACCGUGCGGAGAUGGAAAUAUCAAAAUCCAUAUUCUCAUCCAGCAAGCCGUCAUGAGAUACAAAAAAGCCAUUGCAAAGGAUGCCAGCUACUGGUUACAGGUGCACCGGUUGGAGCAUGGGGACGGAGGUAUCCUGGACCUGGAUGACGUGCUGUGUGAUGUGGCUGAUGACAAAGACCGGCUGGUGGCGGUGUAUGAUGAGCAGGAACCUCCCCAUGGUGGCGACGGCACCAGCGCCAGCUCAACGGGCACCCAGAGUCCCGACAUGUUUGCCACCGAGCUCAACACAAGCAGCAUGUCUGCUUUCCAGCCCUACCAGGCCGCCAGCGAGAUAGAAGUCACUCCGUCCGCCCUCCGAACUAAUAUGCCCCUCCAUGUGCGUCGCAGCAGUGAUCCAGCACUGGCGAUGGUCAACGGGCCAUUCAGCGACCCCCGUGUGACCCUGCCGCCAGAGGAGCCGUCCAGGAAGAACCCCACCCGCUGGUCCACCACAGCUGGCUUCCUCAAACCACGGCACUCUGUUGGAGGCACCAGCAUUGACGCCAACAGCCUGGAGAGAAAGGGUAAGGUUGUGGACACGUACCGUAGUCUCCCCCGUGACUCAGGGACCUGGGCAAACCAGAGAGAGUUCCAGAGAGAGACGGCCCGUUCCUCCCUGAGCGCCAACCACCCCAUGGUAGACCGCUGGCUGGAGAGACAGGAGCAGGAGGAGGGGGGGCAUGGGGAGGAGGAGGAGAACGGCAGGAUCGAGCCGGUUGGCCGAGCUGACUCCUGUAUGGCCCACACCCCUGUGAGGUCACUGGAUGACAUUGUAAAGCUGGUAGAAGUGUCCAAUGACGGCGGGCCCUUGGGGAUCCAUGUAGUGCCUUUCAGUGCCCAGGACCGCAGGACUCUUGGCUUGUUGGUCAAGCGCCUGGAGAGGGGAGGCAAGGCUGAGCAACAUAGUCUGUUCCAGGAGAAUGACUGCAUCGUACGCAUUAAUAAUGGAGACCUGCGAAACAUCCGCUUCGAACAAGCCCAGAACAUGUUCCGCCAGGCCAUGCGUUCCCCAGUCAUCAUGUUCCACGUGGUUCCCAACCUGAUGAAGGCCCAGUACGAGCAGCUGUCACACAGCGAGAGGAACCCCAAUGUAGCCUACUCCUCUGGAAGCUUCAGCCCUGACUCCCUAGCCAGCGAGAGAGGCAGCACCACCUCAGGCCUGGACCACACCCCACAGAGGAUGUCCCGUGGUCCCCACCCUCACCAGCACCCCGAGCAGGGUGACGCCUACACCUCUCUACCUCACCUCCAUGGGCUUGUCCAUGGGGGCUCCAUGGACAAGCCCCCAUUAGGCCACACCCCUCCAGGCCGCACCCCCUCCCCUCACAGGGUGCUAAACUCCACCCCCACGGCGGGCUUCACCAAAAAGGUCGGCAGGAGACUGAACAUCCAGCUGAAAAAAGGUCCUGAGGGUCUGGGUUUCAGCAUCACAUCGCGUGACGUCCCCAUCGGCGGCUCGGCGCCCAUCUACGUGAAGAACAUCCUGCCCCGAGGAGCUGCCAUUCAGGACGGACACCUCAAGGCUGGAGACAGGCUGUUGGAGGUGAACGGAGUGGACCUGGUUGGGUUGACCCAGGAGGAGGUGGUCUCUCUGCUGAGGGCCACGCCCAUGGGAGGUGCUGUGGGGCUGGUGGUGUUACGACAGGAGGAGACCUUCCUGCCCAGAGAAGUGAAUACAGAACCCCAGAUGCAAAGCCCCAGAGAUUUGCGUCGCUCGGUGAGGGAGGCCGUGUCAGCCAUGGAGCCCCACUGGCUGACUGAGAAGGCUGAGGAGGAUGACCUGGUGUUGACCCCAGAUGGUACCAGGGAGUUCCUGACCUUUGAGAUCCCUCUGAGUGACUCUGGGUCGGCGGGGUUAGGGGUCAGCGUCAAGGGCAACCGCUCCAAGGAGAACCACUCUGACCUGGGCAUCUUCGUCAAGUCCAUCAUCAACGGGGGAGCUGCCUGCAAGGAUGGAAGGCUGCGGGUCAACGACCAGCUGAUAGCGGUGAACGGGGAGUCGUUGCUAGGCAAGACCAACCAGGAAGCCAUGGAGACGCUAAGGAAGUCCAUGUCGGUAGAGGGCAACAAGCGGGGGAUGAUUCAGCUAAUUGUGGCCAGGAGGGUCACUAAACGCAACGAGCUGGAGACCUCUGGGAGCCCCCUGGGACCGGAGCAGACCCUCAACUCCACCCUGCUGGACGACCGGGAGCGUCGUAUCUCCCACUCCCUGUACGGAGGCAUAGAGGGCCUGGACGACAACCUGAUGCCACAGCAGACCCUAAUGGGCCGAAUGAUGGGUAACUACCAGCUCUCUCCUACAGUCAACAUGCCCCAGGACGACACAGUCAUCAUCGAAGACGAUAGGCUGCCUGUACUUCCUACCCACCUCUCUGACCAAUCGUCUGCCAGCUCCCAUGACGACGUGGGGUUCCAUGUGGAGGUCCCUCCCCCCUGGGCCAAAGAGAUUCAAAUUCAGAAUGAGAGCCCUCUGAGCCCUGAUGACACCGACCCAGACGGAGCCUUUCAGAGGGAGGGCUUCGGCAGACAGAGCAUGUCCGAGAAACGGACAAAGCAGUUUGGAGAUGCCAGUCAGCUGGAGAUCAUCAAGACACGCAAGUCCAAGAGCAUGGAUCUAGUAGCCGACGAGAUUAACCUCACCCCUCGCAAAGAGAACACACCAGGGUCUUCCACCAGGGACGUGGGUCGUUUCUUAGGCCUCAAGAAGUCCAGCUCUCUAGAGAGUUUACAGACAGCCGUUGCCGAGGUAACGCUGAACGGUGACAUGCCCUUCCACAGGCCACGCCCACGCAUCAUCAGGGGGCGGGGCUGCAACGAGAGCUUCCGGGCUGCCAUCGACAAGUCAUACGACAGGCCAGCCGCUACAGAGGAUGACGAUGAGGACAUGGAGACAUUGGAGGAGGACACCGAGGAGAGCUCUCGGUCCGGGCGCGACUCAGUGUCCACCGUGGCAGAUCUGACGCCACUGCCUAACACCGAGAGACCGCUGGUCAACGGCAACCGCACCAAUGAAGACGAGAAGGACAAGGGAGGGAAUGACAAAAAGAAACUGAAGGACAAAGAGAAGGACAGCAAGAACAAGGCUAAAAAAGGCAUGCUGAAAGGCCUGGGAGACAUGUUCAGGUUUGGUAAACAUCGCAAGGACGGAGAGAAAAUUGAGCAUAAAGGGUCAAGCAAGUGGAGGCCGGAAGAGCUGCAAGCCUCAGAGGAAGAAACACUGAGGAUGAGACUGGAGCAGGAGAGGAUCCAGGUUAAGACCCGGGAGCUGCGGGAGCGGCAGGCACGGGAGAGGGACUACGCUGAGAUCCUGGACAUCAACCUGAGCCGAGACGAGGAGCACCCCUAUGCCGGCAUCGGGCCACUGGACACGUCCCUGGGCAGCGGGCACAGCCGUCCCCAGAGCACCCCUAGACAACGACCACACCACCAAGACUCCUCCCUCUACACACAAGUCGGCAAGGCCCGCAACGCAAACGGACGCCCUCCCUCCGCCGACAGCAACAGACUAGCGCCUAGCAACCACGACCGGAUACAGCGGCUGAGACAUGAGUUCCAGCAGGCCAGGGGGGACGAUGACCCAGACGACCGGAGACGCACCUAUAGCUUCGAGCAGCCCUGGCAGAACACCCCCAACACAGGUCCAAGCCCGUACCAGAUAGACAGACAACAGACGGGCCGACACUCUGUGUCUGUAGAGAUGCAGAUACAGAGGCAGGAGGAGAGAGACGUCUUCCAACAGGCGCAGAGACAGUACAGCUCCCUGCCACGACAACCCAGGAAGAACCCUAGCUCCAUCUCUCAGGACUCCUGGGUCAAGGUCUACCCGCCGGGCGAGGGCUUCCAGACGACCAAGGAGAACCCUCGCUACUCCAGCUACAAGGGCUCCAGGAACGGCUACCCGGGGGUGAGCAGUGUGAAUGCCCGCGUCUUGCUGGAGGCCCAGGAGCUGCUGAGGCAGGAGCAGAGACGCAGGGAGCAGAAGGCGAAAGGGAAGCAGCUACUCCUAGCACCCCCGCAGGAGCACCACGGGAACAACACCUACAACGCCACUCCUUCAUACACUGCUCACAAGGACCCUGUGUCGCCUAAGGGCCCCUAUAGACAGGACGUACCCCCCUCGCCAUCCCAGCUGGCCAGGCUCAACAGGCUGCAGGGGCCCGAGAAGGGGAGGCCCUUCUACUCCUGAGGGGAUAGGGGAAGGGAAGGGACAGGGCAGCCAAGAAGAGGCCACAGUUGGUGGCGACUACUUCAGGAGCUGAUUAGCUAUAGAAUGGGGAGGCCCUUCUACUCCUGAGGGGAUAGGGACAGAGUGGGCCAGAGGGGCCAUAGUUGUGGAUGGACAAUUUGAGUUAGGGAAUGCACAGUGAGUGUUCGUAUUAAUGGCUUCCCCUGGAUGUGACCUCUUAGUCCUCUGUUCAGUCCCAGUCAGUCCUGUUCCCUCCCACAGACUGUUGUUAAAUGAGACUUUCAGUGCCUCUUGUAUUCAUGGUCAUGAUGCUUUCUGGGGUAGUAGUGGUGUUGUGGGAUUCAUAGACAUCUGUCACCCUCACGCUCUGACAAUCAUACAGGCAAACAGAUGUUUCAAACAAUGGAGGUGUGUGUGUGUGUGUGUGUGUGUGUGUGUGUGUUUGUGUGUGAGAGAGACUUUCUUAAUGUGUGUGUGCUUUAUGCUAGUGUGGUGUGGACACUUACAAGGUCGCCUGGUUUUGUUAAACCAUGGCUCCUACUUGACCUGCCCUCCCCUGGACAUGAACCUCCCCAUAGUUGGUACUACACUAACAAGUCAAAACAACAACGCUGAGCUCUCACUAUUCUAUUUCUCUGUUUUCAUCCUUUUUUUCUUUACUUCAGUAGUCACCAGUGGGCUAGAGAAAACAGAGGGAGUGUGUAAAAGGAGGGGGAGCAUAGCACUGGUUAUUAAUGAAGGACUCUCAUAAAUUAUUCAUGUGUGUGCCAUCUCCAUGGAGAGAGAGAGAGAGAGCGUCUCUGAUCCACUCCCUGGCCUCUCUGCUCUGGGCACGGCUAAUCUGGCCUGCCUGUCUCUGGCUUCCUCCUCUCCCUCACCACCACUUCCUCCUCCCCCUCACCUCUUUCACCUCUCCUCUUCUUCCACCUCUCCUCCUCCCCCUCACCACCACUUCCCCUCUUCCCCCUUCCACUCCUAGUUCACCUCUCCUCCUCCCCCUCACGUCCUUUUCCAACUCUCCCCCGUCAACCAUGCACUGAAUUUUGCAUCACAAGCUGCCUGCCACAGCCAGAGAACAGAACACAGCACCUAAAGGCUGUGGUGAAGUGGAGGGCCACGCCACAGUGUCUCUCCGCAGAGAGACAAUCGGAGUACCGACGCAAAAUUUAGGUUCAAUCUUCCCUUGUUCAUAAAAAAUGAAUAGUGUUUGAGUGGUAAUUGCUUUCAGCUGCCGUAUAGCGGAGGACUAGUGAGUCGCUCUCCUCUUGUAAAUAAUGGACCUUUAAUGUAACGAUGCUCUGAUGUCUAUGAAAUGUACCAAAUGGUGGAGAUAAAUUUCAUCCGAACAAAGGAGAGCACAGAAAAGAUAAAAAAUAUAAUGACUGUGGUACGUACUCUGUGUGCCGCCUCGUGGUAUACUAUAACAGACGUGUCUGGCACCUCGCUGCUUUGGAGACGUGCUUCAGUGUUCUCCCUAUGCCAAUUACAGCCAUACGAAAUGCAUUAGCUUCCAUUUGUGAGUUAAUACAGUGUCUGUGUCCCAAAUGGGACCCUACUAUCUACACAGUGCACUACGGGCCCUGGUCAAAAGUAGUGCAUUAAAUGGGGAAUCGGCUGUUGAACACGUCUAACAUGGAAAUAAGACUGUGUGUUCUGUCGUCUGUACUCCAGUACCUUGCCAAUGUCUGCAGUCUGGUUGGAAUCUGUUGUAUGGUGUCCAUUGCUAGUCUAGUUCCAGACCUGUUUCUGCUAUCUUGUUCAUUUCUAUGGUCAUUAUAGUUAACAAGGGUGUAGGCAGAAGUUCCCCUGGCUAAGUUGCUGAUCUUAUGUCAGUUUUUCAUUUCCCCCCACUAAAUGGUUAAGGAUUGGGGGGAGGGGAAGCUGAUCCUAAAUCUGUACCUAGGGGAACAUCACCCCAGAGUAGUAAAUAAGACAGGGCAAAUAGAUCUGGGAUCAGGUGGUCCAUGGCUAAGUUGAGAGUUCAAUAAUAAGUGCCUGAGAUGCCGUACACUUCCUGAAUAGGGAAAACAAUGACACAACACCAUUACACCAUGUGUUUUAACAUAGUAUUAUAAUCUCUACAGCACAGUAUGUGUUUUGAUUGUUUUGGGGCUGAAAAGCAUUUGUUUUUUUUACAGUGAGUUCAAAUAAGCCUCUGCACAGCUGAUCAGUGUAUUUGUAUCCUGUCUGUUUGACUUUGCCUUCUCAAUGCUGUACGUAUCAUGAUGCUUAAAGUAUAAAGCUAUUGUAAGCACAGUGCAAUUGUUUUUCAGACUUUUACAUGAUAUGUUUAGACAUGUAUACAGACACUUUUCCUGUACAUAUCACAUUUAGAAUAAAAGGAAGGCUGUUUCAUCCUGUUUACAACUA